AUGGAUACCUGUGAUUUAUUGUAUGCCGAUCAACUAGGUUUAACUGGAUCAACAAUUCAAUUAAAAUGUCCUGCUAAAUUAGCACCAAGGCGUUCGUUAUGGUUUUACACAAAUGGAACUCAGUCAGUAUAUUUGACAGAAAAUGGUUACAUAAAUAAUGAUACUUUGUCCCCAGAACUAUAUAGAAGAUUAUCUGUGUCUGGUAAUCAUAGUAUUGGAGAAUAUCAUCUGAACAUAGCUGACAUCAGGAAAAGUGACGAGGGGAAAUACGAAUGCAUUGUUGGGAAAGAUAUCGGGACAGUAUUCUUGACUGUAAUUGUUGGACCAACAGCUCUUAUUAUAGAUAAUGUGACACCAGACAAUAAGGUUCCUGGUAUUGAAGGACAGUAUAUGACUUUGAAAUGUACUGCGGUAGGAGGUCAACCAGCACCUGAUGUUAAUCUAGUAAUUUUAGGAUUAAAUUAUACUGGUAAACAGUCAGCACAUCACACAUUCAAUCCUCAAAGACUUAAUGAUGGUUCCACUGUUACAUGUCAAGCUGGAUAUAAAGAGAUUCAACACUAUCCAUUAAAUACUACGACACAUAUUCAUCUUAAGCUGAAACCAGUAAUAACCCCUUUUUCUCCUGAUACAGUCAGUACAGAAGAAACAAAAGUUUUUGCUAUAUCAUGUCAGGCUACAGGAAGUCGUCCUGCUGCUUAUAUAUACUGGUUACUUGGACCACAAAGAACUAAUAUUACAACAAACUCUACAUCCCAAUCAAACAAAGAAUCAUCAACAGAUACAUAUAAUGUGACAUCUUAUCUAAAAUAUAGAGUGGACAGGAAAUAUAAUGAACAAACACUAAUAUGUAUAGCUGUUAAUGUUGCUGGAUCCAUGGAAACAUCUCUCACAUUAGAUGUCAAAUAUGCACCUGGUGUUACAGUAGAGAAUGAAACUUUCCCCCUGACUCAGUUAUCCAGACAGAUUCAAAGUACGUUAGAUGGUAAUCCUAUCGUGAACACUUGUAUCUGGCACCAUAGAUCUCAGUAUGGUGAGCAUAUUAGAUAUUUUAGUGACAAUAACCAGAUAUUGACAUUACCUACAGUAUCUGAAGAUGAACGGUAUCAGGACACUGGUGAAUAUGUUUGUACAGCAGCUGACAAUGGUGUUAUAGGAAUUAAUGGACAACUGAAACAGACAGGAUCUGGAUAUGUAAUUAGUAAUGGUAAGGUAUAUUUUCCUCAGAUUACUGCAACUAAUGACGUUUGA